AUGUCCGAGUACCACCAGAUUACGGAUACUAUGACUGUGAAGAUUAUAGUGAUUAUGCAGGAAGCUUGGAGUUACCAUGAGGGCAAAACCAGAGACGGCGGCCCACGAGUUGGCGAGGUUGGAGCCGGCGAGCUCGAGGUCUCCGAGGUGGCCGGCGAACAUGACCGAGACGAGCGGGAUGAAGUAGUACGAAACGUUGGUCAGUAUCAUCGGCAGCGCGAACAGCACCUGCCCCUUGGCCUCCUCCACGUCGAUGGCCCUGCCCCACCACCGCGCCUCGGCCGCCGCCGCUUGAGGCAGCGGCUUCCGUGA